AUGUCAGCGACACUAGUUGUGGAGAAAGCUCAAUCAUGGCCACAAUUUGUGGAUACGUCGGUUCACCUCUUUGAAGAGGCAUCAACGAUAUCGAGUGAACCAGAAGCUGUGGUGUUUGUAUCGAAGAUGUUAUGUCACCUGAUUCCGGCUGCUAAAGAUCUUGAUGAUCCCCUUCGUGUUCUUGUUUGUCGAGCCUUACAUAUGAAGCUCGUCGAGGUUGUCGAAAAUUAUGGUAGCCACUUACGAGUAUCUGUGACCAGUGCAGUCGCAAAAAGUUUCCAGCUCCCAAAGGUACACACAGUGAAGGACAAGGCCACUGACAGCAAUAGAAAAGAAGCUGGGAAGGUUAAGCUAUUGUCUGCUCUCAGGAGAGAUCCGUGGACUCCUGUGGAAUUUUAUACCACAAGGACCUAUGACUGUUCUCCUUUAGCGUUUUUUUCAACCUCAGACCUGUCUCGAGAGGUUGGGUUUUCACGAAAGGUAAUGAAAGGGGAAUAUCGCUGCACGGCUUGUCAGGAAUUGGGACAAACACAGGAAGUCUUAUGUAUAAUGCCAGAGACGUAUGUGCCUGGUAAGGCCGCCUGUGCUGGUUGUACUUUUCAUGAUACCGUCUGCUCCUUUCUCUCCGACCCACACCAAAACGAGCUGAGGGAAGCCGGUUCAUACUUGGAGCCAUCAAGGUCAUUGGGACGUCGUGCUUUUAGCGGAAAUCUUGAUUACUCGACAUGUUCGGAGCUGGAGUUGACUCAAAGAGGACUUGAGGCAUACGGUUCUAUUGUUUCGUAUGAUGAUACACGGGAGGGGCAAUGGUUAGCUGCUCGUACCUUGGUAAGGAACUUAGUAGCUGUGGCAGUCGGGUCUUACAUUCGAGACUGUCGGGAUGAUCAGCUCUGGCUGUCGUUUGGUUGGUUGAGUAGGAUGGGUAUAACAUGGGAACAAAUUAUCAAUGCCGAUGAUAUGCUUAGACAAGCUGACACCCUCAGACGGGCUUAG